AUGUCUUCAAACACAGGAAUCUCCCCGCACGCAACCUCCUUCAUCCACUCCUACGCAACAGCAACCGCCAUAGGCUCCACCUCCAAACCCUCAGACCUCCAAGCCUGCGCAACAGCAAUGUCCUCCCAUUACCUCCCAAACCUCAUCUCUUUCACCUUGGGCACCAACACCACCGUUGCAACUCCCGAAGAAGCUGCCAAAGGCACCUUGACGCACCUUCAAAAGUUGGUGUCCGCGGGGGUAGGUGCAGAUAUCAGAAUGAUCAGAGUGGCAGUCAAGGAAAUUGGAGAGUUUGCUGCGGCGGUGUUUGUGACGUGGGAGUUGGUUGUUGAUGGGUUUAGUAUUGCUGAUGAAGAAAAGGCCAAGGCGAAGGGAGAGGCAACAAGAAAAGCCAAAGGCUGGAGGUGGAGGAACUGUUAUGGAUAUAGAAGGAUGAGUAGAGAGGUUGAUGGUGAGGAAGUGGUUGAUAAAGAAGGCUUUGAGUAUAUUGUUAGUGAUGAGGAGGUGGGCGAGUUGGUUAAAAGAGUGCCUAAGUAUUUUGAGUCGUAG